AUGCCUCCCCAAACCAUGUCCGCGAAGACGGACGCCACCAUCGGCGUCAACGGCACUGCGAAAUCCGCCUCCAACCAAGCUCCUCCACCCAUGGCGCUACCCGCCAAUCUCAAAUCAGAUCUGCUCAACAAACUGUCUCUCAAAUCCUUUAAGCUGAAGACAAAGCAGCAGGAGCUCCUGCUCCGCGUCUCCAUCCUCUUCCUCGUCUACGUGCUGGCCUUCAUCACCCGGUUGUUCAGUGUGCUCCGCUACGAGUCCAUGAUCCACGAAUUCGAUCCCUACUUCAAUUACCGCACCACCCUCUUCCUCACCGAGAAAGGGUUCUACGAGUUCUGGAACUGGUUCGAUUACGAGAGCUGGUACCCGCUCGGCCGCAUUGUCGGCGGCACUCUCUACCCUGGUCUGAUGGUCACCGCCGCGCUGAUUUACUGGGGCCUCCGUUUCCUCCGAUUCGCCGUUCACAUCCGUGAGGUAUGCGUCCUGACGGCGCCUUUCUUCGCGUCCAAUACCACCCUGGUGGCGUAUUUCUUUGGCAAGGAGAUUUGGGAUUCCAGCGCUGGGCUUGUCGCCGCUGCGUUGAUUGCGAUUUGCCCUGGUUACAUCUCGCGAUCGGUGGCGGGGUCUUAUGAUAAUGAAGGGGUCGCCAUUUUCGCCCUGUUGUUGACGUUUUACUUGUUUGUUAAAGCUGUGAACACUGGGUCUCUAACUUGGUCGCUGGCUUCGGCUUUUGGGUAUUUCUAUAUGGUCUCUGCUUGGGGUGGGUAUGUGUUUAUUAUUAACUUGAUCCCGCUCUAUGUACUGGUGCUGUUGACCACCGGGAGGUACUCCAUGAGGCUGUACAUUGCGUACAAUUGUAUGUACGUGCUUGGAAUGCUGCUCGCUAUGCAGAUUCGAUUUGUCGGGUUUCAGCAUGUGCAAUCUGGUGAGCACAUGGCAGCCAUGGGAGUGUUCUUCUUGAUGCAGGUGUUUUACUUCUUGGACUGGGUGAAGUACUUGUUAAGUGAUAAAAGACUGUUUGAAACCUUCUUGAGGAUCACUGUGACUACCACAGUGGGGUUAGCUGCUGUUGCUCUAGGAGUGGGUACAGCAUCUGGGUAUAUUUCUCCAUGGACAGGAAGAUUCUACUCUCUUUUGGAUCCCACUUAUGCAAAGGAUCACAUCCCAAUCAUUGCAUCUGUAUCCGAGCAUCAGCCGACAGCGUGGUCGUCCUUCAUGUUUGAUUUCCACAUCUUGCUUUUCCUUUUCCCUGCGGGUCUCUACUUCUGCUUCAAGCGGCUGACGGAUGCCACGAUAUUUAUUGUUAUGUAUGGCCUCACCAGUAUGUACUUUGCUGGCGUUAUGGUUCGGUUGAUUCUUGUCGCCACACCAGCAGUUUGCUUAAUCAGUGCAAUUGCUGUUUCUGCCACUGUGAAGAAUUUGGCACAACUUUUGAGGACUAAGAGCAAGGUAACACAAGGUGGUUCUUCUAAAGCAGCUAGUGGCUCAAAGGCUUCCUCCAAGGCUCUACUUGAUCAAUCUCAGCCAUUUCAAAGAAAUGGGGCAAUCGCAUUGCUGCUUGGUGUCUUUUACUUGCUUAGUAAGUACGCAACUCACUGUACGUGGGUGACAUCAGAGGCCUAUUCAUCUCCUUCAAUUGUGUUGGCUGCAAGAGGUGCCCAUGGCAAUAAGGUCAUCUUUGAUGAUUACCGCGAGGCAUACUUUUGGCUCCAGCAGAAUACUCCAACUGAUGCUAAGGUGAUGUCAUGGUGGGAUUAUGGUUACCAAAUCACAGCCAUGGCAAACAGAACAGUUAUUGUUGACAACAAUACCUGGAAUAAUACACACAUUGCCACUGUUGGGCGUGCAAUGUCAUCUUAUGAAGAUGAGGCCUACGAGAUCAUGAGAGAACUAGACGUGGGUUAUGUCUUGGUUGUUUUUGGUGGAGUUACUGGUUAUUCAUCUGAUGAUAUCAACAAGUUCUUGUGGAUGGUGAGAAUUGGAGGUGGAGUAUUUCCUGUUAUUAAGGAACCUGAUUACCUAGUCAAUGGUGAAUACCGGGUCGACAAAGGUGCAGCCCCCAAGAUGCUGAACUGUCUCAUGUAUAAGCUGUGUUACUACCGGUUUGGAGAGCUGAUGACAGAGUAUGGAAAACCUCCUGGAUUUGAUCGAGCGAGAGGAGUCGAGAUCGGGAACAAGGAUAUCAAACUCGAGCACCUGGAAGAGGCAUUCACAACAAGCAACUGGAUCGUUCGGAUAUACAAGGUGAAGCCACCAAACAAUAGGUGGUGA